CCAGGAUGCGAACAAACUAUAAAGCUAACUGACCACAAUUAAUCGCGUCGGUGUUAUCUGUGACUCAAUUUUUUACGUGACCACACCCCCUCCUCCGACUUACCUUAUCAUCUCCGUCCUGGCUUAUCUGACAUCCUGUCUGGAUGCCCCUCUGUCUCUCGGUCGGUAUCCUAGCAGUGAGUAAUUUUUGCUGGGCUUUUCGCUCGGCUCCAGCCACCAACCAACUACACACACAAAUCCAAACUACCGACCAUAUCACAUCAUAACAACAUAGAAAAGUUUGCAAAAAAUGAAGUUUAAGCAAUUCAAGAAAAGUUAGGGUACAUGGUGCACACCGGGUGGUUGCAAAAAUUGGCGAGAUAAGGUCAAGAUUAAUAUUAGUCACGACGACAAUAAAUGAUGGAGACGUCGUCGUCGGUUUCCUCCUCUCUCCCCGCGACGACGGCGGAUGAUGAAGAUAAAAUGGAGAUAAGUGUCGAACCCCCAGAAGUGAUGACGGCAAGUUUGACAAAAGUAGAAGAAAAUGAUGAUGACAAGGCUCCCAUACUUUCCCCGGUGGGACCUCCUCCGCUGGACAAAGUGGGAGGAGACACAUCUCAUCAAAAUGGUGAUGAUGAAGAAAAUAAUGGCGAUGAAGGGGACGAUGACGAGCCUGAGUCGUCCUCCGAGUGCUUAGAUGACCCCCAUUUUGCCACGAUUUGUUCCUUCAUGGACAAAUUUGGGCCUCUUUUACGCCUCGACGUCGUUCCGUAUGACGAUUUACAGGCCAUGUUGGAAAGCACGACGUUAGUUCACGAGACACUUCUAAAACUACACAUCGUCCUUCUCCGCCGCGUGUUCAAAUCCGUCGCGGCCGACAAGUGGGAGCGCUCAGUGGCGAAAUUCUGCCACUUUUACUCCGCCCAAGACGGCUGGGAAAUUGAACGUUUUGGUUACAAAAAUGCCAAAUUGCAAACAAAACUCCGCCUGCUCAAGCACCUCCUCGAAGCCCAGUUCGACUUCAAUGUCAAGUUCAAAGCGGAAGUGAAUAAGUUGGAGGCAGGCGAUUUGCGGCUUGUUCCACUCGGCCAAGACUGCCAAGGUCAACUGUACUGGUAUCAAGUCGACAAUGACGCCAACCUCCGCGUGUAUCGGGAAGAUGUUGACGACGAAACUUGGGAAGUUGUCGCCUGCACGAGGAAAGGUCUCUGCGAGCUGAUCGCGAAAUUAGAAUUGGGCGACGUAGCAAAAAAGCGGCCACCGGCAGGCAGCGGAGAAGGUGGUGGCGACGUCGGCCUGGAUGAAGACGAGGACUCCAAUUCUCUUGAAAUGAAGGAAGUCGUCAAAGAAAUUUUGUUAGACACUGGCAAAUUUGAGGAGGAAGAAGAUGACGAUGAUGACGAAGAUGACGACGACGAGGAAGAAGAAGAAACAAGUCGCGACAGUAAUAAUAAAAAGUUAGUGGAAACCAAAACUGAAAAUGGUCACGUGGUAGAAGUGGGAGAACAAGUGAUUGCCACUAAGAGUGAAGUAAAUAUUAGUAUUACAUCUGAAUCUGCGGGACAAGAAGAAGGGCAAGAAAUAAGUAACAAAGUAAUUAAUGAGGUGGAGAAAGAACAACUCAAAGAAAGUGUCGUUGUCGCCGUUAAAAGUGAAACAGACAAAGUCCUCAUUAAAAAUGAAAGUGACAUCGUCGCCAUUAAAAGUGACAUCGUCGCCAUUACAAAUGAAAGUGACAUCGUCGCCGUUAAAAGUAACAUCGUCGCCACUAAAAUUGAAUCCCCCGUCGUUAAAGACGAACAAGAUGUCGACGAAAAGAUGGAGACGACCACUGUUCUGUCCACCGAACAGAUAAUAAGUGAGGACAAGAGAGAAGAGGAAAACGUGAAAUGUACAGAAGACGAGGAAAAUGAAACGGGAAACAGUAACGACAAUAACUUCGGAGAGAAAUUAUCUCUCCCAUUGGCUGAGGAGGAGAAGAAUCUUGCCAUUGAGAAAGAAGACCCCGUCACAACGCCACCAAUUCCCAACUCUGCACCACUACCACCACCUCCAUCGGAAGAAUGCACAGUAGAUUCGGUGCCACAAAAUGUUGAAACUGUUCCCCCCGUUGUCGAGAAGGUGGAGGAAAUCACGAUGCCGAAAGAGGUGGAGGAACCAGUCUGCGUCAAACAGGAGACAUGGAUCUGUGGCGAAACGAAGGCAGCAAUUACACCAGAAGUAGUCAAAGAGGGAGAAGGAGUGACCAUCACCUCCAUCGUCCCUAUACCUGAAGAAGUCCCCGUUACUGAGGAAAAAUCAGUAUUACCAUCAGUUGCAGAAGAAAACCUGGAAGAAAUAAAACCGGAAACGGCGUCAUUAUCUGAACCUCCUCCCGUCGAGAAGGACGUAAAAGUAGAGGAACCACCAACAUUACCAGUUCAAGAACAGGAACAAGUUCUUCCUACCGUAGAGUUAGAAAAUAAACCCCCAGAAUCAACUCUUCCUUCCCAAGUCGUCCUUCGCGAAGAUGAAAAACCUAGCCAAGAUAAAACCGAGGAAACAAACCUGUCAAAAAUUGAUCAUCUUCGUGUUCCCGAAGUGGAAUCUACGUCACAACCGAAAGUAGAGUCCACUCCACAAUUGGUAGUAGAGCCCACCCCACAACCGGUAGUAGAGUCCACCCCACAACCGGUAGCAGAGUCCACCCCACAACCGGUAGCAGAGUCCACCCCACAACCGGUAGCAGAGCCCACCCCACAAACGAUAGCAGAGUCCACCCCACAACCGGAAGUAGAAUCCACCCCACAACCCGUAGCAGAGUCCACCCCACAAUCGGAAGAAAAUGUUCCUCCUCCUCCAAAAGAAGAAGCCAAACCUCUCGUUGUUGUUCCUCAACAGCCACCACCUUCUCAAGAAAUUGAUCAUAUCACUAAUAAAUCUACUCCUCCGCCGGUCAAACCUAAUCCAUUCGGCUCUCUCGUCUCGUAUGGAGCAUCCUCCGAUUCUGAUGAUGACGAAGACCACUCUGUUGACCCUCCUCCAAAAAGUCCUCAAUCGAAUAACAAGAGAAAGGCAGCUGACGACUCCUCUCCCUCCUCCACCAUCGCGCAAGACCUUCAACCCGCUAAACUUCCCAAAGUUUCACCACCCCCACCACCAGAAAAUCCCAUCGUUGGCGAAGCCGUUGAAGAACCCGCCCUUCUAGUGACCGGUCUCGGCUCAGGCGCUCCUUGCCUCGGCGGGAACGUUCCGGAUCCUGACGAAAACAAUCAGAAAGAAAACGUCGCCGAAACCUCGACGGCCCCACAAGACGACGAUGACACCAACAACCCCGCCGUCUCCCCAGUCAAGAAACGCGGUAGGGGUCGCCCUGUUCGGAAAUCCGUGACACCAAAAAAAGCACCCGAAACGGAGGAAAAUUCUUCCUCGACUCCACCCAAAAAACAACCCACUCCACGUGGCCGGAAACAUCGUGAACUCGAACAACUCGGCGUUCCCCUCGACGCUCUGGAAGUCAAUGGUGGCACCAACGAAUCCAACGAGCGCCCUGUCCGCGCUUCGCGACGAAUUGCACAAAUCCGCCUCAAAGAGGAAGAAGAACGCCGCAAAAUUGAAGAAGAACAACUCGCUCAGCUCAAAGCGGCCGCGCUUUUACGAAAACAGCAGAAAAAGUCGGCUGAAAAUUCGGCUGUCGAUGACACUGGUGGGGCGACAUACCUUCCCGCUGAGGGGGACGAGUCUUCCUCGUCGUCGGGAGGAGAUCACUCUGAUGACAUUGACGAUUUCGCCAUCCAUCCAGGGAAAGGUAAAAAGGGGAAGAAGAAGGGGAAACGGGGUAGAAGAGGUCAGGGCGUCAAGGUCAAAAAUGGAAAACCAGGGCGUCCCUGGGCGACAGAUAGUUCGGAUGAUGACGAAGCUGUCGAGGAGGAGGAAGAGUAUCACUAUGACGUGGAAGAACCCCAUGAUCCCGACCAUCUGCACUUUGACGAUGGUAGUGACCAUGAGUUUAGUCCUGAGAGCGAUCUUGGCGAGGACGACGAAGCGCGACCCUAUCGACACGCCAGGACAGCCAAGAGAGGUGAAGUUGCCGCAGAGGAGGAGACGGGAUGCAAAAAAUGCGGCAAGGGCGACCAUCCCGAGUGGAUUUUGCUCUGUGACAAGUGUGACCAUGGUUGGCAUGCGUCAUGUCUUAAACCACAGUUGUGGGUUAUUCCGGAAGGGGAGUGGUUUUGUCCACCGUGUCAACACAGCUCACUCGUCUCCAAACUCAACGAGAAUCUCAUCGAGUACGACAAACUAUUAAAACGUCGAGAAAACGAUAUUCUAAAAAAGAAACGUCUCUCCUUUGUUGGCAUCUCACUUGAAAACGUGCUCCCUCCCUCCUCCGAUCUCACUUCCGGUCGGCCCAAAUCCAAAUCACCUUCUCCGGGACGACGCCACUCCAAAAAUCGGGACCGUGACCACCGUAAAUCUCGCUCUGGUGGCGGUCGUCGCCGCAUAAUCCUGUCUGACGAAGAAAUCUCCGACAAUUUCAUCGCCUCGGACGACAACUCUUCAGACGAAGAAAAAUCUCACCACAACUUCGACUCUGACGAAGACUCAAACGGUCCAAUUUAUCGCUUAAGAGCACGACGAAGCGCGAAAAAAUUCGACUACAAGGAAUACGACGACAUGAUCAAUUCCGCCUGUCGGGCAAGCGACGAGGACGAAUACGCCGAACUUGGCGGCGCUGACGAAGGCAAAGUUAACGGUGGCAAAGAAUUGGGUGACGAAGAGGAAGAAGAAGUCGAAGAAGAGGAGGAAGAAGACAUUUCCCGUGGCGGUGGUGGAGGAAAAAACGAAGCGUACGAACAACACUUGAAGGAAGCGGAGGAAGAAAAGGCGGCAAAAACGGCGGGACUUGCAAAACCGGAAGUUGUAGGAGAAGAACCUCCUGCUGCAUCGUCGUCCUCCGCACCACCGCCAUCGCGAGUUACUCACGACGAUACGGAGGAGGACGAAGAUGACGAUGACGACGCUCCUGGUUUGACCGAGAAGGAGAAAAAGAGACGAAAAGAAUUGAAAAAGGCGGCCGGAAAUAAGCGGAAGAAGAGGAGUUUCCGUGAUUUGGAUGCUUAUUCUGAUGAGGACGCGUCGGACGAGGAUUUCCGUGGGUCUGAUGUCGACGAGGAGGAUGAAGAAGGGGACGACGUUGUGGAAGGAGAGGAGGAAUCGGACUGGUCUGGAGACAGAGAGGAUGAUUCGGACGACUCCAUCGCGGCCGAAGCUAAGAAUAAGAGGAAAGGAGGGAAAUACGGCAGGAAAGAUGAGUACUUGGAGGUCGGCGCUGUUAGAAGGUCAACCAGGUCGAAGAGGAAGGCACGGAUUUCUUAUGACGAGAGUGACGAAGAUGACGAUGACGACGAGGAUGCAGGCGACAAGUGGAAUUCAGCCGAGUCCGAAGAGGAGGAAGAGGAAGAGACACCGUCCGAGUCGGAUGACGAAACGUAUGGAAAAUCGAGGCGUAAGAAGGCUCCGCCUCGCUCCAAGGCUGGCUCGACGCCGAGAUUCCUUCUGGGUGCUAGUUCCUCAUCCUCGAAGAAGCAGGGUUCUGGUAGUAAGGGGAGGAAAAAAUCGGGUGGCGCGUCCGGUGGCGCUAAAAAGAAGAAAAAGCGCGUCGAUGACGAAGAGGUCGAUCGAGCUUGGAGCAGUUCGCAAGGCAGUAAAGCGAAACGUUCCGCAGCUGAGGAGAAAGUCGAGCGGCGCACGCGGGGGCGAAAAAUCAACUUUAAAGACAUCCUCGACUCUGGAGAGUCGGACGAUGAAGGUAUCGUUCAUCCAAAGAGAAGACGAUUGUCCAGCGGAGAGGACGAAGACGAAGCGGAAGCUUCACGUCGUCUCGCAGAAAAAAUCAAGGCAGCCAAUCAGCGUGAAGCGGCCAUGUAUGCAGCACGCCAAAAGGAACAACGAGCUCAAUCCAGCGCUGCUGCUAGCGUAGAAGAGUCGACCCCUCCUCCUCUCGGAGAAAAUGUGACCAUUGCAGAAAAUGCGGAUGAUAUCAAGCCCAAAAUUCUCCUCCCACCACCACCACAACUACAACAACCAGCACCACCACCUUUGAUCCUGGAGGAGAAUAAAGACAUCAUGGCCAGCAAGGGAAAGAACGGCGGGGUAAAAACCGAGCAAGAAAGUCAUCCAAUCGACCCCCCAAAACCGGUAGUAGCUCCGCAGCCACUCCUCAUCCCUCCCCUCCCACCAAUCCCGGUACUUUCACUGCCCAUCGCAAGCAUGAUGUCGACCCCUGUUACCUCCACCCCUCCACCACCUGCACCAUCCACUCUUGAAAUGGAGUUAGCCAUGUCGAAACCCGUCCCCGCUCCACCAUUGCCACCCCUUCUCAUCAAAGCAUUGGGCCGUGGGAGCAGUAAAAGUAAGAAGAAAUCCAGCAGCGAGGAUCACAAAGAUAAGAAAAUGAUCCUCAUCGAAGAUCAGGUCAUUACUGGGAAGAAAUCGUCGUCACAUCAUCGCGGAUCGUCUUCGUCUCCAACAUCUGCACCAUCCGCGAUCAAUGUGACGAUCCAACACGCCUCGGGACCAGUGCCGGUGGGGAGUAGUCAGGCAGGCGGUGGAGGAAUGGGGAUGCCACUGGAUAUUACAAGGGUACCGAAUCCUGGACUAUUUCCGGGAGGACCACCCAAUCCGAGAGAUAUGAUGAGGUCAUUUCAUCCGAUGUGGGGGAGAAAUCCGGGUCCGCCACCGCCCGGCUAUGGUCCACCGGGAUCGAUAGGGAAACCACCCCCAUUGAAUAACUCACCUUUCAUGCAACAACAUCCCUCACAGGCCAGGUGGGGUUUCGAUAAAGGGCCGAGUUAUCCCCCAUCCGGUCCACCUCUCCGAAUUCCGAACCCAUCCAACAACCCUAACGCGCUGCAACAAGCGUUUCAACACUUUCAACAACAACACCAACGUCGCGAAGGUGGGGGUGGACCUCCUCCCACCAGCGGCGGUGGGGGUGGAAUGUAUCGCCCAUCGCCACCCGGCUCUCUUCCACCCGGACUGCUGGCUGGCUUUCAAAACUCACCGGAACGUUUCUUCGGCGGUCACCCGUCGCCAUACGGGUACGGGAUGUUACCUCCGCAAGGGCAGCAGGGCUUCUUUGGCCCCACACCGUUUGAUCCCUUCAGACCGGCGGGAAGUGAUACGUUCAAAGAUGACCAUCCCUCCCCUCCUCCACCACGUCCUACCCCCACCACCAACGCGCCAUCGACACGCCCCGGUGGUUCUUCGCCCCCAAUUAUUCACCACCACGCCGCCCCCUCCUCGAAAGACGAUGCCGUCGUCGUCCCCUCUUCCGAGAGCGAGUUUGGCGGUUUAGUCUCUUACUUUAGCAGCCAAAGAAGCGAGGAAGAUAUGGACACGUGAAUAAUUAAUUUCUCCAAAACGGACACGUGUAUUAAUUAAUUAACCAAUAAAUCCAAACUGGAAGAGUCAUCAACACUUAACUAAAUUCAUCCUUAACUUAACACUUUAACAAAUAUGAAAUGAAACCAAUCUCUCUUCACUGAUCUGAGCAAUGUGCACACCAAAGGGAAAAAGAUCAUGUUAAGAUAAGAUAAUUAAUUAAUUAGCUCAGUAAUUAGUGGAAAAA